UCAUCUGUACAGGCAUCAGUCACUUCAACAAUGUUCAAGUUUGUAGUAUUGUCCGCUCUUGUGUGCGCCGCUGUGGCUGAGCCCGGCGUGUUCCUGGCGCCCAGCACCUACGCGGCGACACUCCAGGCACCCGUCACCAGCACCUACGUGCAGCACGCCAGCACCGUCUAUCCCGCGGCCGUGCCCAGCCUGUACUCCGGCCUGGCCUACCCGCACUUCAUCAAAAAGCGUGAGGCGCAGUUCUACAACGGAUACAUUAACGGAGCCUACGUCGCGCCCACAGCCCUAGCUACCCCGUACGCGUCCACUCUCGUUGCGCCCGCCGGCCUUGCGGCGUACUCGCCUGCUGUGCUGCCCUACGCUGCGCCUGCACACUUCAUCAAGAAGCGUUCCGCCUCCCCCUCCCCCGCGCUGAUCGCCUCCUCCACCUACGUCGCUCCCGCACCCAUCGCCUCCACAUACAUCACCUCCGCUCCCCUCGCUGCCACUUACUCUGCACCCUUCUACUCCAGUGCUGCCUACUAUCCUUACACCUACAACGCUGGAUUCCCAUUCAUCAAGAAGUAAGAUGUUAACCUUCUGAAGAAGUCUCGGAGUGUAGUUUCUCACAUCAAUUGAAAACUCAAGAUGAUUUAUCUUGAUAUUCAUCAAUUUAAUUAAAAACUGUAUGUGAGA